CCCCUCCUCCACCCCCCUCCUCUCGACUCCCGGCCCACCGUCGCAGCAUCGUGCACCUGUGCGUGCGGAGGGACGAGGGCAAGCAGGUGAUACUCAAGCAGAUCCCCGUGGAGCAGAUGAGCCGCGACGAGCGGCAGGCGGCGCAGAACGAGUGCCAGGUGCUCAAGCUGCUCAGCCACCCGAACGUCAUCAAGUACUUCGAGAACUUCCUCGCGGACAAGGCCCUCAUGAUCGCCAUGGAGUACGCUCCCGGGGGCACCCUCGCCGAGUACAUCCAGAAGCGGGGCGGCUCGCUGCUGGACGAAGACACCAUCCUGCACUUCUUCGUGCAGAUCGCCCUGGCGCUGCACCACGUGCACUCGAACCACAUCCUGCACCGCGACCUCAAGACGCACAACAUCCUGCUGGACAAGCGGCAGACGGUCGUCAAGGUCGGCGACUUCGGCAUCUCCAAGAUCCUGAGCAGCAAGAGCAAGGCGUACACGGUGGUGGGCACCCCGUGCUACAUCUCCCCGGAGCUGUGCGAGGGGAAACCCUACAACCAGAAGAGUGACAUAUGGGCCCUGGGCUGCAUCCUGUACGAGCUGGCGAGCCUCAAGAGGGCGUUCGAGGCCGAGAAUCUGCCGGCGCUGGUGCUGAAGAUCAUGAGCGGCAACUUCGCCCCGGUGUCGGACCGCUACAGCGGCGAGCUGCGGCAGCUGGUGGUCAGCCUGCUCAACCUGGACCCCGGCAAGCGGCCGCAGCUGAGCGAGGUGCUCUCUCACCCCGUGUGCAUGAGCGCCAUGAUCCGCCUCUACAUGGACAUCGGCCGGGUGCCCGCCAGGAUGGAAAAGCCGAUGAUGCUGCUGUCGCUGGACGCACAGGGCAGGGCGAGGCAAGCGUGUCGCCCCCGCUUCCCGCUGUCCGGGGACGGCACGCCGGCCGGGAGCGCCGGCAGGGCGGCGGCUGCCCCCCCGCCGCUCUCCUCCGUCUACAUGUGGGGCAGCGGCACGCUGGCGCCCGUCAAGCUGGCCAUGCCCAACACGGAGGUGCUGCAGGUGGCGGUGGGGCGCACGCAGAGGGCCGGCGUCACGCGCAGCGGCAGGCUCAUCGUCUGGGAGGCCUCUCCGGGCACGGUGGGCGACGCUGCCCUCCCCGGCUCGGUGGGCAGCGUCCAGCCGCAGCUCGUGUCGCGCUUCCUGGAGGGCCAGUCCGGGGUCACCAUUCAGCACGUCUCCUGCGGCGACCUCUUCACCGCAUGCCUCACCGACAGGGGGAUACUCAUGACGUACGGCAGCGGCAGCAGCGGCUGCCUUGGCCACGGCAGCUACAGCGACGUCGCACAGCCCAAGAUUGUGGAAGCGCUGCUGGGCUACGAGAUUACCCAGGUGUCCUGCGGGAUGUCGCACGUGCUGGCGGUGAGCAAUGAGCAAGAGGUGUUUGCCUGGGGCAGAGGAGACAACGGGCGCCUCGGCUUGGGCAAUCAGGAGCUCCACCUGUGCCCGCAGCCGGUGGCCGUCCCCCCGCCCUACGAGCCGUGCACCGCGCACUGCGGCAUCGACUGCUCCAUGAUCCUCACCUCCAGCGGCAGGCUCCUGGCUUGCGGCAGCAACCGGGAAAAACCGCAGGAACCGGAGAAAAAUCCACGCGACCAGCGGGGAGAGAAAGACGCGCAAAUAUACAGCAGCAGGCGUCAGGAAUCGAACCCACGAACUCCUGCAUACCAGGCGAGGUACAACAAACUGGGCCUGGAUAAGAUCUCGCACGACGGUGGCGACGACGCCGUCACGUGCCCCACGGAGCAGACCGAGGAGUCGCUGGUGCUCUCGCCGGUGCAGUCCAGCCCGCUGGACGGGGCCCGGGUGGUCCACGUGGCGCUGGGCACCGCUCACUCCGCCGCCGUCACAGACACGGGCACGUGCUACACGUUUGGAAGCAACCAGCACGGGCAGCUUGGCGGGGGAGCGCGCACCAGCAGCCGGGCGCCGCAGCCGGUGGACGGGCUCGGCGGGGUGAAGGUGGUGCAGGUCACCUGCGGCGACGCCUUCACCGUGGCCGUCGCCGAAGGAGGGCAAGUGUUCACGUGGGGGAAGGCCGCGCGGGGGAGGCUGGGCCGGACCGACGGCGAGGCCUGCUCCCCCAGGCCCGUGCAGCUCCAAGAGACGUUCCCCUACGCGGUCACCUCCGUGUCCAGCCGGCACGGCAACACGCUGCUCUCCGUGCACUGCGCCUCGCAGUGCCGCUGACGCCGCCCUUCGUCAACGACCAAAUUCCUCGCAGCGGCGGCGCCGGUGGCUUGCCCGAGCCCACUCACAAUGUUGAACGUUGUGAUGCCUCUGGGUCGACCAUCCACCCAUUGUUGAUGUUACUGAUUUUACUAAUUUUGACCUUUGUUUUUAACUGCCAAACUGCUUGCCUCAAUGUCACUAACAGUACCAAGUUUGGUUAUACCUAGACCUCCUGGAAGGGCCUCCCCAUUGAUGUUUGGGGGUUGUUUGACCAUACCUCCCCACACUGGUCAGAGUGGGUCAGUGAAGUGUGGGGCAGGACCACUUGGUGAGAUAUCACUCGCCACGGAUAGCAGCCUGCGGCCAGGAAUCGAACUCCGGUCACCGAGCUCAUCGCGCAGCGUGCCGACCGCUGCACCGCCGCUCCUCCCCAGGUUGGGCGAGGAUGAUCAAAUGUGUGUUGGGAUAUAUGUCGCGGGAGGUGAAACAAUCACUGACAGGUCACUGUGCACUGAACAAAACGAUGUUUUAUUGUCAAUACAUUUGUAUUUAUAUUUACGUGCGUGCAGC